CCGAUAGCGGCGGCUCUUUAAAGUCGCAGCAUUUAUGUUUUUCGACACGCGAAACAACAGAGAGCGAGAGAGCGUUUGGGGGUAUGAACAUGAGCAGCGGUGCCGGAAGUGACGAUCUCGCGUCUUCCGCCGUAUCACGGUGGGGCCACGCCGUCUCACGGCGGUACCGGCACAUCCUCGACAAAUCGACCUUGCUUGUUUUCCACCGCUGGAUCGCAUUUUCCGCGAUUGCUCUCAUUUAUGCCGUGCGCGUGUAUCUGAUCCAAGGCUAUUACAUCAUCACCUACGCCCUUGGUAUCUACAUCCUCCAACUACUCAUCGCCUUCCUCUCUCCCCAGGUUGAUCCCGAGAUUCAGGAGCUCGUCGACGGUCCCGCCCUCCCUACUCGGGGUUCCGAUGAAUUUCGGCCCUUCGUCCGCCGCCUUCCCGAGUUCAAAUUCUGGUAUUCAAUUACAAAAGCCUUCUGUAUUGCCUUUAUGUUGACAUUCUUCAGUGCGUUUGAUGUGCCUGUAUUUUGGCCAAUUCUAUUAUUCUAUUGGCUGCUACUCUUCAUUUCAACAAUGAAGAGGCAGAUAAUGCACAUGAUUAAGUACCGAUAUGUUCCUUUCUCCAUGGGCAAACAGCGGUACACUGGAAAGAAAGCAGCUUCAGCAGAGGAAACAAAUAUUUAAAGGGAUUAAGGCUUCGGGUGGGUGUGUUAGACCAUAUACUGCAGAAAGCAUGCCAUCUGCUUAGGUAACUGUUGAAGAAAAUGAUAUUUUGGUUCAUGAGAUUAUCUUUUAGAUCUUGUUUGAUAAUCCUCCCUAGAGUCCACCUUUCUGGGGAAAGGAAACGUGUGGCAGCUCCUAUGUGCCACCAUGUCUGCAGUUUUCUUGUGUGCUUUGUGGCAUAGAAGAAAUAUAAGAUUGUUCUCGUCUGAGCAAAUGUAAAUGCAGAUAGAUUGAAUUCAUCGCUCCACGCAUUCUCUCUCUCUCUCUCUUUCUCUCUCUCUCACACACACACACACACACACACACACACACACACACUCGGAUUGUACCAAAACAAAUUUGCAUUUUGACACUACUUCUGUAGUCCUUUUUGAAUUUUGGGGUGUACCUCAGAGUUUAAAAUUUUCUAUGGAUAUCACGAAGAUGUGUUUGGCUGAUGUCAUACACAACCAUUGUCCCAUGCUGUCCAUUUUUAAAUGGCUGGGUCCUUGAUACCGUCUUUCAAGAGACUGCCUCUUCAUAAUGGCGCCAUGGCAAUAAGGUCAGCUGGUGUGGUCCAUUUUUGGUGCGCUAUACGGCAAUGCCUCUUUGAAUUUAUAGUUUACGUUCAUGCGAAUAAAAACACUAUUAUUUGUCGAGUUCUUGAUUUUUUAUUUGUUUUUGAUAGCUAGAUUUGUUUGCAGAUUCUGAUGGAACAGACAUCACUGAUCUGAUCCAACCGUCCAUCACUGAUUGAAUGGUCUAUUUAUUUUGUGUGCGCGAGCCUUUGUCUAUAUAUAUUUAUAUAUAGAUGGGAUCUCUUUAGAAUUUUUUGUAGAAAAUAUGAUGUCAAAUAGCAUUUCAUUCUCACGUCAAGUCGUGGUAGUAUUACAUUGAUGCAAAUUAGGUAAACUAUUCUUAUGAGUUCAGAAAUUUAAUUUACAGAAAUUGAAUUGUUAUUA